AUAUUGAUUGAUAAAAAGGAAAAUAAAAAAUUCAAAGUGAACUGAAUAGUUCAUUGAAAGCAUGAAAGAUGGCGUUAUGAAAAUAUUGAUUUAAAACUUGUUCAUUCAUUUACAGGAAAAAAGUUCAGAUCAAACUGGUCUCUUCUUGUGUCCACAAAAAAAAUAAAAUACAUGAAAAGUAAAUAGGUCUGAUCAACCAUAAUGGUUGAUGACGACGAAAACGAGUAUUGGUAGAUGUUUUUGAGAAAAAACAACAACAAUGUCAAUCUUUGCAAAGGCAACAUUCAUACCAUCAUUAGCAUAUAACCUCAUUAGGAAUCGUUGGUCAUCAUGGAAUUGGUUCGAUCGUAUAGAUAAUCGGGUCAUUCUUGGUGCAUUACCAUUUCACGGUGCAGUUACUAACCAGCUAUAUAAUGGUGAAAAUGUACGUGCAGUUAUAUCGAUGAAUGAAAAUUUCGAAUUAUUAUUUGCCGUCACCAAUCAUUAUGAAUGGCGAUUAUUGAAUGUUCGAUAUCUUCAAUUAAAUACAGCCGAUAUAUUUCAUGCACCAACAUUGAAACAAUUGAUUGAUGGUGUUGAAUUCAUCAUGAUGGCUAAUGAUAUCAACAUUGAUAAAACGAAAUUGAAAUCUGAAUCUUUUCAAGAACAGAAAUCGAUUCAAAAAAUUCUUUACAAUCAUAAACCAUUACUUGUGAAUUGGCCAAUCAAAAACAAUAAACGAAUUAUCGAUGUAAUCGAUAAUAAUGAUGUUACCAAUAUUCCUCCAACCACUUAUAUACAUUGUAAGGCUGGUCGUACGCGAAGUGCAACAUUAGUUGCCUGUUAUCUCAUAAAACAAUAUAAUCAAACACCAGCCGAAGCUGUGAAAGAAUUACGAAAAUUUCGUCAUCAAAUUCUAUUGCAUCGGAAACAGAUGCAAGCAUUGGAUCAAUUCUAUGCAUAUCUUUUAGACAUGAAAAAACAAAGUUGCUUUUGUUGACAUCAUAUGAUUUUUGUGUUUUAUUAUAAGAUGUAAAUUAUAAUUUUUUUAAAAAAAUUAAUAAAUUAUUUAAGUAGA